AUGUGUCCCACGGACUCAAUCUCAACCUACGGCUUGACCGCCGUGCCAUCAUCGGCUACGACACUUCUCGCAACGGACCCUCCAAAGAUCCCAGCAUCUUUCAUCCCAGUCUCUCAGAGCCCAAUUCCAACUACGCCCCUCGCUCAACGGAUUGAUGCGUAUGCAAAGGCGCAUCUCCCGGAGCCAACUUACAACCACUCCCGUCGAGUCUAUCACUAUGGAAUCGCAAUCAAGCAAUAUCGAUUCCCAGAAUGGACUGUCUCCGAUGAGACGUACUUCCUAGCAUGUUUACUUCAUGAUAUCGGAACCACCAAGAAAAAUAUCACAGCUACCAAGAUGAGCUUCGAGUUCUAUGGCGGCUUCAUUACCUUGGACGUGUUGCAAAAUUUGGAAGCUUCCACUACGAGUGCUUCCGCCGCCGUCGCCCCGAGAGAUCAAGCAGAGAGUGUGGCCGAGGCCGUCAUCCGGCAUCAGGACUUUGGUGAAAAGGGGAACCUCACAGCGCUCGGGCAACUCCUGCAGUUGGCAACAAUGUUUGAUAAUAUCGGGGCCUGGGCAGAUCUAGUUCACUUGUCCACCAUUGCCGAUGUUUGCAAGCAUUUCCCUCGUUUGAAAUGGAGUAACUGCUUCGCUAGUACAAUUCUCGAGGAAACUGGUCUGAAGCCUUGGUCUCAUACGACAGUCUUGGGAGACGCUCCCUCUAGGGUUCUGGGCAACACACUCAUGGCGCCGUAUGAAUGA